AUGGACAAGCAACAGUCGAGCCUGGCCUGCUAUAACAUCAACGUUCGGGCCGUCUCGGACCUACAGGAUGGCUUGCAGCUGCUCAAGCUGUUGUCAACCGUUAACCCAAGUGCCAGCAUUGAUAACUUCAACCCUGGAAAGACAUUUUCAAGUAUAAAGAAGCAGCUGUGUGGGCACCAUGCCUGUCUACGAGCCCGCUUCCUAUUUUUGGGUGUUGCAAACAAGAGCAAAUGCAAUGUUCACUUCGCUAUCACUACCAUCCUGGCGCUGUCGGUUCUGGCGCUUCAAGCCACAAGUUGUAGCCCGACCAUUGAGGUGGCCCCACUUAAGCUUCGCAAGACAGCACAGUGCUGCAUUAUAGACUUCAUAGAGAUUGUGAGUGCCAGUGAUGAUGUGCUCGACAACCUCGCAGCCUACUUGAAAGCAUCCUAUGUGGAACAUCUUUCGUCGGCCAAGGUCAAACGCAGAAAGAACGAGAGUUUCACCACCCGUCUGUCGGAAGCACCGACCCCGAAUAAACGUAACAGCAUAUCACCGCAGCAGCAAAUCCUUGUGGCAGCCAAAAGUGAUCUUGAGCGUGAGAUAGCUGCUGUCAAGAAAGAAAGGGAUGACCUCACUGCCAGCCUAUCAAGCCAGCAAAGCACUAAAAGGCUGAAGACGGGGCCGAAUGCAGUUUGUGUUUCCAAGAGCUCAAGCAUUCACUGCAAACGCACAGUGACAAGAUUGCUGAAAUCCAGCAGAAAAUCGUGGAUGUGGAACCUGAUACCAUCCAGAUGGCGCUCGCCACUUGGCAGCCGCAUGCUGAGGCAAAGUUGGAGAAAAAGAAAGCUGCAGCUGCUUGGAAGCCUGAUAAGCAUUCAGGGAUCUUUGAAUGCUAUCGCGUUCCACUCUUAAAGGCGAAGCUUAAGCGUCCUUUAAAUUUUUUUGAGCUUUAAUGUUAUUUCUAUGUUAGUGUUCUACUUUGGACACAUAGAAAGCAGGCGGGCAUUUGAUUCGAGGGCAUGUCAUAUUCAGGCAAAUACU